CUCUGCAGUCCGCGUCCACGCGGCCGCUGUUGAGCAGCAGCUGGAGGAGAGCCACGUUCCCCUUCCUCGCGGCCCAAAACACGGCGUUGGCCAGGGGCGUUUCCUUCUGGAGGGGCGCUGGCGUACCUGUUGAUUAAGGGGAUCCGUGCUGUGGAAGCAUGUACUUACGGCUCGGCUACAUAAGGAAGGCCGGCGGUGAGUCCUUCACUGUGUCGCUGCCCAGAGUCCGGCUCAGACCAUGGGACCCAAACACACCCACCAAGUCCGGCGGGCGGGCUUCCUGCUGCUCUCGGCCCUCCUGAUUGGCCCGCGGCUCGCGGCCUCGGAGUCGGACGAGGUGGCGCCGACCGAGUGGGAGGUCUGGAAGAGCAGCCACAGCGUGGCCUACGAGGACACGGACGACAUGCAAAGGAGGAACAUCUGGGAGACCAACAAGCAGAUGAUCGAGGACAACAAUCAAGGCUUCUUCAUGGGGAGGAGGCCGUUCACGAUGGCCAUGAACAAAUAUGGAGACCUGACGAAACAAGAGUACCACGUUUUGCAAGGCGCCACGAUCGACUCCCAGUUCGUGAAGAGGGGGAAGACCGUCUCGGGCCGACGGCUGCGUAACAACGCCAAGAAGUUGCAAGCCUACUUUGUCGACUACAGGAACAUGGGUUACGUCACCGAGGUGAAAGACCAGGGUUUCUGUGGCUCGUGCUGGGCCUUCAGCACCACGGGAGCCAUCGAGGGACAAAUUUACAAGAAGACGGGUCAGCUCGUGUCCUUGAGUGAACAGAACCUGGUGGACUGCUCCAGGUCCUACGGCACGUACGGCUGCAACGGCGCCUGGAUGGCCAACGCCUACGACUACGUGGUCAACAACGGGCUGCAGGCCACCGACGCCUACCCGUACAGCUCGGUGGACACCCAGCCCUGCUACUACGACAGCAGGCUGGCGGUGGCCCACAUCAAGGACUACAGGUUCUUGCCCAAAGGAGACGAGCAGGCCCUGGCCGACGCCGUGGCAACCGUCGGUCCAAUCACGGUCGCCAUUGACGCAGAUCACUCAAGCUUCCUGUUCUACAGCUCAGGAAUAUACGACGAGCCGACCUGCAACCCGAACAAUCUGAGUCACGCGGUGCUGCUGGUUGGCUACGGCUCCGAUGGAGGCCAAGACUACUGGAUCAUCAAAAACAGUUGGGGAAGCAGUUGGGGCGAAGGCGGCUACAUGCGGAUGGUCCGGGACGGCAGGAACACUUGUGGCAUCGCGAGCUACGCCUUGUACCCCGUCCUGUAAAGAAACUAUGUAUUAUGAAGCUUUAUGCAGAGGGGA